UGGUCCUCUUCCCUACCUCAGGAGUAGAUCGGUUCAUCUUAUAUUUUAGUCCAAGAAAACCUUAGCCUAAUACCCUAAGACAUGGAGAAGAAUAUGAAAAAUGGUCUUGUCUCCCUCUUGGAUUUGCCUGAACCAACCUUGGAUUUGAUUCUCAAGUGCUUUUCUCCAAAUGAACUCUGCACAGUGUCAGAGGUGUGUGUUUCUUUAAAGGAUAAGUGCCAAAGUGAUCAUUUUUGGGAACAUCACAUCAAACAUAAAUGGGGUAGGGUGAUUGGUGAUGCUGUUUAUAAGGAAUGGGAAUGGCACAUAACAAUUGCUAAAGAAGGAAGUUUCUUGAAUCAAAACACCAAUAACCAAACUGGGUCAAUGGGUACAUUUACUGGUGUAUGGCCUAAUCUAUAUCUUGGUUCAUACUUAGAAGAUUGCAAGGUCCUCAAUGGUCAACGGCCAAACAACUUCUUGAUGUCUUUAUAUUUCUCUCUUGAGAGUGGUAGGUUCUGGUUUCCUGCUCAGGUUUACAAGGGACUGAUGCUUCACAAUGCUUUGGUUAGCUAUGACUCUGAAUCUAAUACUUUUCAAGCAAGGUAUCAAACUGGAGGUUGGAGAUGUCUAGGGAGGAACAUUGAGUGGGACAUGGUGAGAGUUCCCUCGGUUGAUUCGCCUCCUUAUGUUAUGCACGUCUCUGAUUGUUUAGAUAAUUUGAAACCAGAAGAUCAUAUUGAGAUUCAAUGGAGAGGAAAUACACAUUGUCCUUACGAUUGGUGGUAUGCUGUUAUUGGUCACUUGGACUCAUGUAACAAGAAUAAUUGUCAGUGUCAUUGGAGUGAUACGUUGAUCGUUGAGUUCAGACAAUACCCUGAAAUAUCAAGCAUGAGACGAAUAAGGUUAUCUAGGAAGAACACUGGAGAACAAGGUGAUCCAAGAAGUGGAUACUAUGGAGGAAUCAGAAAACUUCACAAUGAGGAUGAGAUUGAAAAAUGGAAGAAGCUCUUCCCAAGUCAAGUUCAGAUGGCGCCUGUGUUAUACAUGCCUCCAGUGGCAGCACAAAUCCAAAUCCUCUAGAUUUUGAAGUGAAUGUCAGGGUUCUACUACUUUCUCUAUGAAUGAAAUUAGUUGGGAAUUGGCUUUGCAAAAGAAAAACACAAGCAGCUGAAGCUGGCUGUUACUGAAGAAAUAUUGAUGUUGUAAUAUAUAUUUCAUCCAAAAAGGAACAUUUUAUGUAACUUUUGAAAGCAAGCGUGACUCUUGUUGAAUAAAAUGACUUAUACCCAAGAUGGGGUGAGUUGGAUAUUAAAAUACUUUCUUUAAAACUUUGGUAAACCCCUUUUUGUAAGAUCCAAACACCUUGAUUCUUGAGUUGACUUAAAGAUAUAGAUUGUUUUG